AUGGCUGCGCAGACGUUCAAGCUCAACUCGGGACACGAGAUCCCCGCCGUCGCUCUGGGCACAUGGCAGUCUGCUCCCGGUGAGGUCAAGGAGGCCGUCUCAUACUCUCUUAAGAUCGGCUACAAGGCCAUCGAUGGCGCCUACUGCUACGCCAACGAGGACGAGGUUGGCCAGGGCCUCAAGGAGGCUUUUGCCAAUGGCGUCAAACGUGAGGACAUCUACGUUGUCACCAAGCUGUGGGCCACCUACACCACCAGCGACGAGAGAGUUAAGCUUGGCCUGGAGAAGAGCUUGAAGAGCCUGGGUCUCGACUACGUUGACCUCUUCCUUGUUCAUUGGCCCGUUGCCAUGAACCCCGAGGGAAACCACGACAGGUUCCCCACCAAGCCCGAUGGCAGCCGUGACAUCCUCCGGGACUUCUCCCACGUCGACACCUGGAAGUCCAUGGAGAAGCUCCUUGAUACCGGCAAGGUUCGCUCUAUUGGUGUCUGCAACUACAGCGUGAGAUACCUCGAGGAGCUCCUCCCCCAUGCCAAGGUCGUUCCCGCCGUCAAUCAGAUCGAGAACCACCCCAGCCUUCCCCAGCAGGAGAUCGUCGACUUUUGCAAGGACAAGGGCAUCCACAUCAUGGCUUACAGCCCGCUCGGCUCUACCGGUGGGCCUCUUAUGAGCGCGGCUCCCGUUGUGAAGAUUGCCGAGAAGCGCGGCGUCAGCGCCUCCACAGUUCUCCUCAGCUACCACGUCGCCCGUGGCAGCACUGUUAUCGCCAAGUCCGUCACCCCCGCCCGUAUCAAGGCCAACCUCAAAAUUGUCAAGCUCGACGACGAGGACAUGAAGGAGCUUCGCGCCUACUCAGAUGAUCUUACGGCCAAGAAGGAGCUGAAGCGUUACGUCUACCCGCCAUUUGGCAUUGACUUUGGAUUCCCCGACAAGUCUUAG